AGUAAAAGCGAACAAACUUAAGAUCUUGUCCUUGAUGUUGGAAAACCUCCUCGUCCGGCCUGCCCCUCCUAGUCUCCUUCUACAAACAGCCGGGCCAAGUGACGGAAGCUAGCAAGCAAGCAAGCAAACCUUUGGCAUCCAAUACAAUUAAUGGGUUUCUUGUGAUUUUAUCGAAUCGGAUAAUUUCGAUAAGAAGGCAAGGAGACCAAUGUGAUUCUGCUGGCAAACAAUGGGGAAUUUUCUUGUUGGAUUUGUCUUGCCAGUCCUGCUCUUAACAUCUUCUUUGAUCAAUUGGAGUUUGAUUUCUCUUGUUGAUUUAAUAGCUUUCCUUCUUAUUCAGUAUGCUGCACCAAAAAUAGGUUUUCGUUUUCAACGGCGACUUUUUUUAUUGUGGCUCAUUAUUAUCUUUUCCCUAGUAGUCAUUCUUUCUCAAGCAGUGUAUCUUGUCAUCUGGGCAAUUCUGGGAGAUGAAUGGAGUGGAACAGAUGCUUGGUGGGCCCAUUUAACUGGUUUUAUGAUAAUCCAUUCCUGGAAAUCACCACUUGUAAUUUACUUCUUGGUUAUACAACUAUUAGCGGUUUUUGUUGCUUUAGUUGAUAUAUAUGGGAGCAGAUUUGGUCUGGUUCCAUGGCGAGAUUCCUGCUGGGGUCAUUUCUUAAACCUUCUUGAACAUUUAGGCUCACAUCUUAGGGUUGCUUCUUGUUUGCUGUUGCCCGCAAUUCAACUUGGUGUGGGGAUAAGCCAUCCCUCAUGGCUUUCUCUACCAUUUUUUAUUGCCAGCUGUGCAGGCCUCGUGGACUGGUCUCUAACAAGCAACUUUCUUGGACUUUUCAGGUGGUGGAGGCCUCUUCAACUGUAUGCAAGCAUUAACAUUAUACUGCUUUAUACCUAUCAGCUUCCUAUAGAGUUCCUCAGUACACUUCAGUGGAUAGCUGAUUUUAUUGGCUUGUUCAAAAUAUCUGGAAAAUCCGAGUGGCAUGAAAUUUGUUCCGGUCUUUCUCUUGUACUAUUUUACAUCAUGCUAUCCUUCAUCAAGUGUGAUUUGGAGGAAAUGGAUUUCAUUAUGUCUAUGAGAGGAAGUAAUUUGACAGAGCAACUUCUUCCCUUGAGGCAUUCAUUUUUCAUUCGCAAAUCAAGAUCUGGUGUCAGGCAUACUAAUGUUUUAUUAAGGGGAGCAGUUUUUCGGACUUUCAGCAUCAACUUUUUCACAUAUGGUUUCCCGGUCUCGUUGUUUGCCCUUUCCUACUGGAGUUUUCAUUUUGCCAGUAUAUGUGCAUUUGGAUUACUUGCAUAUGUUGGCUACAUUGUCUAUGCCUUCCCUUCUGUAUUUCGUUUGCAUCGAUUAAAUGGGCUACUUCUUGUCUUCAUACUCUUUUGGGCAGUUAGCACAUAUAUUUUCAAUGUAGCUUUUCCACUCUUGAGUUGGAAACUUGGAAAGGAUAUGGAAAUAUGGGACAUGGUUGGGUUAUGGCAUUAUCCCCUUCCUGGAUUGUUUUUGCUAGCACAAUUUUGUCUAGGCAUUUUGGUUGCUCUGGGUAAUCUUGUGAACAACUCUGUUUUCCUCUACCUGUCUGAUGAGGGUAAUGGAUCUUCUAAUGACAACUCAACUGUAGAAGCACAAGAAGACACCAAGGUAUUGAUUGUGGCCACAAUUGCAUGGGGACUACGAAAAUGUUCUCGGGCUAUCAUGCUGGUGCUGAUCUUCCUCAUUGCCAUGAAACCUGGAAUCAUCCAUGCUGUAUAUUUGAUUUUUUUCUUGAUAUAUCUUCUGAGCCACAAUAUCAGCAGAAAAAUCCGCCAGCCAUUGAUUCUUCUGUGCGAAGUUCACUUUGCCAUGCUGUACAUUCUUGAGAUUAAUCUAAUCUCUCAUGCUUUGGAGCAAAAGGGCUCCUUAACAAUGGAAGUUUUGCUGCAGUUAGGGCUUCUUAAACAUCACAGUUCCUGGGAUUUCUUGAAAAUAGCUCUCCUUGCUUGCUUCUGUGCCAUUCAUAACCAUGGUUUUGAGAUGUUAUUUUCUUUCUCAGCAAUUGUACAGCAUACCCCUAGGCCCCCUAUCGGAUUUAGCAUCUUGAAAGCUGGCCUGAACAAAUCAGUCCUCUUGUCUGUGUAUGCCUCCUCAACCACCAGAUAUGGACAUGAUAAUUCUUCAUAUGAGAGUAGGAUAGCAUUGUUCCUUGGUGCAAUUGGGCAGAAGUUUCUCACUACUUAUCGAUCAUGUGGAACCUACAUUGCUUUUCUGACUAUUCUCCUCACAGUGUACCUUGUAAAACCCAAUUAUAUAUCAUUUGGGUAUAUUUUCCUUCUUCUUGUGUGGAUAAUCGGAAGGCAACUUGUUGAGAAAACAAAAAGGCGUUUGUGGUUUCCCUUAAAAGCAUAUGCGGUCAUGGUGUUUGUCUUCAUCUAUAGUUUGAGCUGUUUCCCCAGCUUUGAGACAUGGCUGUCCAGCUUAAUAGAUCUACUUUUUUAUUUGGGCUACAACUCAAAAGCUUCAUCAUUGAAAAAUAUUUGGGAAUCUUUAGCAGUCUUAAUAGUUAUGCAACUUUAUAGCUAUGAGAGGAGACAGAGCAAGCAUAAUAGGCUGCAUGAUCCUGAUCCAUUGGAUUCUGGAGUAUUUGGGUUUAUCAAACGAUUUCUGAUCUGGCAUAGCCAGAAGAUCUUGUUUAUUGCAUUAUUUUAUGCUUCUUUAUCUCCAAUCAGUGCUUUUGGGUUGGUAUAUUUACUUGGCCUUGUUGCCUGUUCAACUUUACCUAAAGCUUCUCGGAUCCCAUCCAAAUCAUUUCUAUUGUACACCGGAAUUCUAGUGACAACUGAGUAUCUGUUUCAGAUGUGGGGUAAACAAGUCGGAAUGUUUCCUGGACAAAAGCACUCUGAGCUGUCCCUUUUCUUGGGUUUCCGUGCAUACAAGCCAGGUUUUUGGGGCCUUGAGUCUGGCUUGAGGGCAAAAGUGCUGGUGAUUGCUGCUUGCACACUUCAGUACAAUGUCUUCCGUUGGUUAGAUAAGAUGCCAAGUAUUUGUCAAAAUAAAGGAAAGUGGGAAGAGCCUUGUCCAUUGUUUGUCUCAGAUGAAGAUGCCUUCAUGAAUGGUUCCAUGGUCAAUGAUGAAAAUAAACCACCUCCAAAUCAUAGCAUACCAUCUGUAGAAGGAGAGGGAUUCAUUAGCAACUCGUUGCCAUCAAUCACUGCUGGUCUCACUCAAGCACCUGAUCUGGUGUCCAACAAAACAGGGGGCUCUGAGGGUAGUGGCACCAGUAAAUUUUCAUUUGGAUAUAUCUGGGGAAGCCCCAAAGAAAGUCAUAAGUGGAAUAAGAAGGGGAUUCUUUCAUUGAAAAAGGAAAGACUCGAAACACAGAAGACUGUCUUAAAAGUAUAUUUGAAGUUCUGGAUAGAAAAUAUCUUUAACCUCUUUGGCCUUGAGAUAAACAUGAUUGCGUUGCUUCUUGCCAGUUUUGCAUUGUUGAAUGCCAUCUCUAUGCUAUAUGUUGCAUUACUUGUUGCUUGUAUUCUCUUAAAACGGCGCAUUAUACGGAAACUAUGGCCUGUAUUUGUCUUUGUGUUUGCUUCGAUUCUCAUCCUUGAGUAUUUUGCUAUCUGGAAGAGCAUGGUUCCUUCAAAUCAACAUAUCCCAAGUGAGACAGAUGUGCAUUGCCAUGAUUGCUGGGAAAGUUCUGCUCUGUAUUUCCAAUAUUGCAAGAAUUGUUGGAAUGGACUUGUUGUGGAUGAUCCACGCAUGCUUAUCAGCUAUUUUUCAGUCUUCAUGAUUGCUUGCUUUAAACUCCGUGCUGAUAACCUGUCCAGUUUAACAGGUUCAUCAAUGUAUCGUCAAAAAAUGUCUCAAAGUAAAAAUACCUUUGUUUGGAAGGAUCUCUCAUUUGAGACUAAAAGCAUGUGGACUUUUCUAGACUACCUGAGGCUUUACUGCUAUUGCCAUCUCCUGGAUCUUGUGCUCUGCUUGAUUUUGAUUACUGGAACUCUUGAGUAUGACAUUCUGCACCUUGGUUAUCUUGCGUUUGCUCUAGUUUUCUUUCGGAUGAGACUUGUAAUACUGAAGAAGAAGAACAAGGUUUUCAGAUUCUUGCGCAUAUAUAACUUUGCUCUAAUUGUUCUUUCUCUGGCCUAUCAAUCUCCUUUUGUAGGAGUAUUUAGUUCUGGGAACUUUGAGACUAUAGAAUACAUAUAUGAAAUGAUCGGAUUUUACAAGUAUGACUAUGGGUUUCGAAUUACUGCAAGAUCUGCGCUUGUGGAGAUCAUCAUAUUUAUGCUGGUUUCCCUUCAGUCAUAUAUGUUCUCCUCCAACGAGUUUGAUUAUGUUGCACGAUAUCUUGAAGCAGAGCAAAUUGGUGCAAUUGUGCGUGAGCAAGAGAAGAAAGCUGCAUGGAAAACAGCACAGUUACUAUACAUACGUGAAUCUGAGGAGAAGAAACGCCAGCGUAACCUGCAAGUGGAGAAGAUGAAAUCUGAGAUGCUUAACCUUCAAAUCCAGCUUCACGGCAUGAACUCAACCACUAAUUGUGGCAGCAGUUCCCCUGAUAGUGAUGGCCUGAGAAGGAGGAGGAGUACUUCUCGUAUUACAGAUAGAGAUUCUGGGAGCCCAGGAAAAGGUGAAGGAACGCUCAGGAAAGAAGAGCAGAUCAUUACAGAUGAUUCAAUAUUUCGUUUUGAAGUGCAUGAAUUUCCUAGUUGGAAUGCAGAAAGUCUAGAAAUAAAAGUGUCUCCAAAGUAUUCUGCAGAACCUCCUCUUUGUGAGAUCACGGAGAUCAUGCAGGAAUCAACUGAUAGCUUACUUUCUGAUUCUGGCAAGAAAGCAAAGGUCCAGUCAAAGGAAAAUCCCUUGAUAUCUGCUGUACAGCUGAUAGGUGAUGGUGUUUCCCAGGUACAUUCGAUUGGAAAUCAGGCAGUUAACAACCUUGUCAGCUUCUUAAAUAUCUCACCAGAAGAUUUAGAUAUCAAUCAGCCCUCUGCAGAAAAUAUGGUGUAUGAUGAAAUGGAGAGCCAGAAGACUAAGCGCAUGAGUUUUGACCGUUCAUCUUCUCUGCAGUCUGAUAUGAGUUCUGAUGCUACUAGUUUGCAGAUAGGAAGGAUCUUCCGUCAUGUAUGGUCCCAAAUGCAAUCGAAUAAUGAUGUUGUGUGCUAUGCUUGUUUUAUUCUCGUUUUUCUAUGGAACUUCAGUUUGCUUUCUAUGGUGUUCCUUGCUGCUCUCUUCUUGUAUGCUCUAUGUGUAAACACUGGCCCGAGCUAUAUCUUCUGGGUUAUCAUUCUAAUCUACACUGAGGUUUACAUUAUGGUUCAGUAUAUCUACCAAAUUAUCAUCCAGCACUGCAAAAUGAGUAUUGAUCCAGUCCUACUUCGUGAGUUGGGAGUUCCUGCACAUAAAAUUACAUCAUCCUUUGUCAUCAGUUCCUGGCCUCUUUUUCUUGUCUACUUAUUCAUCCUCCUGCAGAGCUCAAUAACUGUAAAAGAUGGUGAAUGGAUUCCAUCUACCGACAUUAAGUUCCGUAGAAGUUCUCUCCAUAGACAAGAGGUUCUGGUGAGCUAUAGCUGGAGUGAUAGGGCACAGGAUUUGCUGCAUCUAAUGACCAAUAUGGUAAAAUCAAAAAUAAGAAGCUUCUUUAGGUACUGGAAAUCACUGAUUCUAGGCGCAGAGUCUCCUCCAUAUUUUGUCCAGGUUUCUAUGGAUGUUCCCUUGUGGCCAGAGGAUGGAAUUCAGCCAGAGAGAAUAGAGUCUGGAAUAAACCAAUUGCUUAAAAUGGUUCAUGACGAAAGAUGCAAGGAAAAGAACCCCAAUCUUUGCCCUUUUGCUAGUAGGGUUCAUGUCCAAAGCAUUGAAAGAAGUCAAGAGAAUCCAAAUGUGGCCUUGGUUGUUUUUGAGGUGGAAUAUGCCUCCCCUUUGACAAGCUGUGCUUCAGCUGAAUGGUACAAGUCACUAACUCCAGCAGCUGAUGUAGCAAAGGAGAUUCUGGAAGCUCAACAUGCUGGGUUUGUUAAUGAAAUUGGAUUUCCAUACACUAUUGUCUCUGUGAUUGGAGGAAGCAAACGAGAAGUUGAUCUUUAUGCCUACAUAUUUGGUGCAGAUUUAAGUGUUUUCUUCUUAGUUGCAAUUUUCUACCAAUCUGUGAUAAAGAAUAAAAGUGAAUUUCUUGAUGUUUAUCAGCUUGAAGAUCAGUUUCCAAAAGAAUUUGUGUUUAUCUUGAUGAUCAUCUUUUUCCUGAUCGUUCUGGACCGCAUAAUUUACCUCUGUUCAUUUGCCACUGGAAAGUUGAUCUUCUAUAUUUUCAACCUCAUUCUCUUCACAUAUUCAGUUACAAAGUAUGCUUGGCACUUGGAACAUUCCCAAAAUGCUGCAGGACUAGCGCUUCGUGCUAUAUUUCUUGCAAAAGUAGUAUCUCUAGCGCUACAAGCCAUACAAAUUCGUUAUGGGAUUCCUCAUAAAAGCACCUUGUAUCGGCAGUUUUUAACCAGCAAAGUUUCGCAAAUCAAUUAUCUUUGCUACAGACUUUAUCGUGCUUUGCCAUUUCUUUAUGAAUUGAGGUGUGUACUGGACUGGUCGUGCACAACAACAUCGCUAACCAUGUAUGAUUGGCUGAAGCUGGAGGACAUAUAUGCAAGUCUGUACCUUGUCAAAUGUGAUGCUGUCUUGAAUAGAGCUCAACACAAACAAGGAGAGAAACAAACAAAAUGGACCAAAUGUUGCAGUGGGAUAUGCCUAUUUUUCAUAUUACUCUUUGUUAUUUGGGCUCCUAUGCUGAUCUACAGCAGUGGUAAUCCAACCAACAUCGCAAACCCCAUCAAAGAUGCAAGUGUUCAGGUUGAUAUUAAGACCGUGGGUGGAAGGUUGACCUUGUAUCAAACUACCCUUUGUGAAAAGCUCCCAUGGGAUAUCAUCGACUCUGAUUUUGAUCUGGAUCCCCAUGGUUAUUUUGAUACAUAUAAUAAGAAUGAUAUCCAGCUCAUAUGCUGCCAAGCAGAUGCAAGUGUGCUGUGGCUUGUUCCAAAUGUGGUUCAGAUGAGAUUUAUCCAGUCCCUUGACCGGGAUAUGGAUAUGGAUAUUAUUUUUACAUGGGUACUUACCAGGGAUAGGCCGAAAGGAAAGGAAGUUGUGAAAUAUGAGAAAAUUGUCAGUCCUCCAGAUCUUCCAAAACAAUCAGACAUACAGAAAGUUCUUAAUGGUUCUACAAACAGCUUUAGGAUAUAUAAUCUAUAUGCAAAACACUUACGUGUUACUGGUUCUGGUGAAGUCAGAUCCUUUGAACAAGAGGUGGAUGCAGUUAGUGCAGACCUUGUCUUAAAUCGUGCAGAUUUUAACUGGUGGUCAUUCCGUGAUAUUAAUUCGUCGGAUAUCCAUGGCUGUGGAGGUUUGACAGGACCUAUGGCAGUUGUAAUGUCUGAGGAAACACCACCACAGGGUAUUCUUGGUGACACCAUCAGCAAGUUCAGCAUCUGGGGUCUCUACAUAACCUUUGUGCUUGCCGUGGGCCGUUUCAUUAGACUCCAAUGCUCAGACUUAAGAAUGAGAAUACCGUACGAGAAUCUACCUUCCUGUGACAGGUUGAUAGCCAUUUGUGAGGACAUUUAUGCUGCGAGAGCAGAGGGUGAGCUGGGAGUUGAAGAGGUUCUUUACUGGACACUCGUAAAGAUUUACAGGUCGCCACAUAUGCUUCUGGAGUACACCAAACCAGACUAGAACUGACAAGCUUCCUUUUCAGUUUCACUUCACAAGGAUGCUGACAUUAUGUUUUGACCAGCACCAAGUUACUCAAGACCAUGAAUGGAUAGUGAUUCCUCUCUAUGCUUUCAUGUGAAACUCCGUAAUAUCAUUUCUGCAGAGGAUUCACUGCUUCAAUCUUGAUAAGGUCUUAUUGUGAUUUUCGCCCUCUGUUUAUAAUUCCAGCGCAGCACCUUCAUAGUUUAUGACUUCUCUCCCCGCAUGGCCAAUGUUAGGGCAGCACGACUUGCAACUGAAUGUUACGGAGUCGAAUAGAAAUUUUUCCUGCUAUCUACAUAUAGGGUUUUCAAUCCACCCAAAUUCGUGUACAGAACUUUUCUGGGUGUUGAGCAGUGUGUACACUAACCGUAUUCUCAGUGUAUGGAAUUAAUUCUUGCAAAAUUUAAAACAGAUUUCUAAUUCAAA